AUGUUUUCUAUGGGGAAAAAGCGGUUUAGUGUUGGUGUGGCGCUUACAUUCUUAGCCUUGGUUCAUGUCUCUUUCUCAGUUCCGUUCAUAGUACUUCAUGGAAUUCUAGCUGACUGUUCUUAUGAUAGUAAUGGUAACUUCGCAGAGCUUCUCCGUAACCUCUCUGGCUCUCCUGGCUCUUGCGUAGAAGUUGGAAAUGGAAUGUGUGAUUCAUGGGUCAUGCCACUUACGAAACAAGUAGAAAUCGUUUGUGAGAAAGUGAAGCAAAUGGAAGAGUUACGUCAAGGAUACAACAUUGUUGGAAGAUCUCAGGGGAACCUCGUAGCUCGAGGGUUGAUCGAAUUCUGCGAUGAUGGGCCUCCCGUUUACAACUACAUAUCUUUAGCAGGUCCUCAUGCUGGAAUUUACUCUAUUCCUUGGUGUACUUAUGGUGAAUGGUGUAAUGCUGUAAAUAAACUGAUCCAGAAAGAUCUCUAUACCGACUUUGUUCAAGAUCAUCUAGCUCCUAGUGGUUAUUAUAAAAUCACUUCAGAUAUGUCAAAGUACUUGGAAAGUUGUAAGUAUUUACCAAAGCUUAACAAUGAGAUACAAAGCCAAAGAAACUCAACUUACAAAGACCGUUUCACCAGCUUACACAACUUGGUUCUUGUCAUGUUUCAGGAGGAUACGGUUAUUGUUCCAAAAGAAUCAUCAUGGUUCGGGUUUUACCCGGAUGGUACAAAGCCGAAUCUUACACCUCUACCUCCUCCUCUCUCUGCUCAACAGACAUCGCUCUAUACAGAGGACUGGAUCGGUCUGAAAACUUUGGAUGUUGCUGGAAAGCUACAGUUUGUUAGUGUACCUGGCAAACACGUUGAAAUGGCAACUCCUGAUAUUAUCAAAUACGUUGUGCCUUUACUCCAAAACAAAGCGUCUUCUGUUCAAAGACUCAAUCGCAAGACCAAGGAGCCUUUGCGUCCUUAA